UCAGGCACCCUUGCCUCAGCAUGUGGUGGUGCCUGAAGCCACCAGCAAAAGUGAGAUGUCCCGGAGGGUGUUGUACCUUUCCGUGCUUCUGGCGGUCUACGUGGUGGUGAACGCGCUGGUGCACUACGCCUUUGACGUGGCCGCCAUUGAGUCAGCCAUCAGCCAGAUCCGCGCGGUCACGGAGAUGAAGGGCCGCUACGACAUGGCGGGGCUCCUGAUUGGUUUAAUGCCAGGCCUGGCCUACUCGAUCGUAUUGGGCCUUCUGGUACCUUUGUGUGGGUACUUUGGCGCGAAGUCAGACAGUCAAGGCCUUGUGGGAUGCUUUUGUGGCUGCAAUGCUUUGCAGUGCGGCUGUUCCAUCUGCGGGCUCGUGAUGACUGUUCUUACGCUAGCUUUGAUCUCAUCUGCAACACCAGGGAUUGAGCACUACUUACAAGAAUGCGACCCCCACCAAUGCACCCAGUGGCCUGAUCACUUCAGCCCGGAGAUGAAGCAGCAGCAUACUGUGGACUGCCUGGCCGCUGGAGUGUGGCCAGAUUAUCGGCAGCAAUUUGGUGGCUCAAAGGCCUACCCGUCUAUUUGCCCCAAGGUGGUGCUGAAGUGUGAGACGGAGGACGUUGAGGAACCUCGGCCUUUGCAUGGAGUCUUUGGCGGUUCGUGGCCAGGACCCAGGGUGGUUUCGCCCCUGGAGUCGACCACCUUCUACCCGACCUUUGUGCGAAGUGGUUCUAUUCUCCGCGGCGGCGGCAGGCCGUUAGAGGCGCCAGAGGAUGCAGUUCCCGCCAUUGCUGCCGUUCCGGCAUCAAAGGCGAUUCGCGUGCCAAGUUUAUCAAGUUUCCUGGGACGACGUUUGCAGUUUGUUCCCCACCGAUGGCGCGCCCCUCGAGCGCACCAUUUUGACACGGACGACAUCAUGAAGGAGAUUCCGAUGCCUGAGAGCCCAAUCGACUCCUGCAAGCCGGAGAAGAAAGGCAUCAAAAUCCUGCAUGACGCCAGCGUUUUGGUCCCAGAACUGGUGCCCAAGCUGGUGCUCUACAUGGCCAUCCAGGCAUUGCUUCUGAUUCCGGUGAUCCUCUUCGGAUGCUUGGGCUUCUGCUGGGGCAAAGACCUCUUCAACAAGUUGGGUCAAGGCUACGGGCAGCUGGAGGCGGCUCAACCAAGGGUCACCAACGCGGAGAUGAUGACGGUCACGCCCGAGGCGCCGCCAGCGCCCACGCAACCGGCGAGCACCGCAUAAGCGGUUGUGCUGACCGGCACGGCACCACUGAGAGUGGCACGGCACUGCGCUGAGUGCCCCUCGAUCCUUUUUAGGACCACGUUCCGUCCCAGAGGCUUACCAGUGCCCUUUGAG